AUGGCGUUUACAGGGACACUAGACAAAUGCAAGGCAUGUGACAAGACUGUAUACGUUAUGGAUCUGAUGACUUUGGAAGGUAUGCCUUAUCACAAGUCAUGCUUCAGGUGCAGCCAUUGCAAUGGCACUCUCGUGGUAUACAUCAUAUUCUUCCACCACUAUUCUUUUGUUUCUGUGGAGAAAACAAAGGAGAAUCUUUCUUAUCUUUUGCAGAUUAGCAACUACUCAUCAAUGGAUGGAGUUCUGUAUUGCAAACACCAUUUUGAACAACUCUUCAAAGAAUCUGGAAACUUCAGCAAGAAUUUUCAGACAGCAGGAAAGACCGAUAAAUCGAAUGAAAUGACGAGGGCUCCAAACAAGUUAUCGUCCUUCUUUAGUGGUACACAAGACAAAUGUGCAGCUUGUAAAAAAACCGUUUAUCCUCUAGAGAAGAUCACAAUGGAAGGAGAAUCUUACCACAAGACUUGCUUUAGAUGUGCACACGGUGGUUGUACAUUAACACACUCUUCAUAUGCUGCUCUCAAUGGCAUCCUUUACUGUAAGGUCCAUUUUAAUCAGCUUUUUCUAGAGAAAGGUAACUACAGUCAUGUCCUAGCCGCUGCUAACCACCGACGCACACCUGAGGAAGAUAAAACCGAACCAAACGAAAAUGAAUCAAACUCUACAGAAGAAGAAGAAGACACUUCUGGUGCAGCCCUUGAAGCAGGUGAAGAACAUGAUUCCUAA